GGACGUUUCGCGCUCUGCCGGUUAAGUCUUUUCCUUGGUGUGGGCUCCCAGGCUCUGGGUGGAUCAGGGACAUCCCGGAUACAAGGAAUUUUAAAAACAAAUACAUAAAUGUGAUGGGUUGCCAACCAGACGAGUGGAUCUUUUUGUUGUAGUUAAGCUGUAUUGGCAGUAUUGUUAUUUCUUCCUAUUGUUGCAAUUGUAAGAUUCAUCAGAUGGCUGAUAAUGCCAAAAGACUGUGUAAACGAAAGAGAGCGGGAGAGAAUGGUACAGAGGAAAUAAAGAAGAAGGCAGCCAAAAUCCAAAAUAGGACCACUGUGGAAAGUGACAUUGGACAAAGCAGCCAAAUUCACCCAAAGCGUGUUCCUGUUUUCACCAUCAAUCCAGAAAGCAACCCCUGUGCCAUUACUUAUGAGCAACUCUGUGCGCUAAUAAACUAUGCUGUAUUGGGAAAAGUGAGAAGUUCUCUUCCCAGCUGGUGCCAAGUUCACAACCAGAAAGAACUUAAAGGUGUAGCAGUGAUUAUUCUACAUGGAGUGAGUCAGAUGCACUUCUACAGAUACUACCUCCAAUUUAAGCAUCUGAAGAAAAGGUUUAGAUUUAGAUUUAGCCUGCCCCCUCCUCCUGAUGAUUUUCUGCUUCGUAUUUUUGGAACUGAGAAAAUACUCCCACAAGAUAAAAGUCCUGUGGUGAAUGGCAGCUCUGCAGUAAAUGGUCAUUGUCUUAUGACAGAGAAUAAUAACUGCAAAUCAUCAGAUGUUGACAAUCAUCCCAUCAUUAUUAAAUAUGGCAGAAACAAACAAGGCUUGACCAGUUUUUUGUUGACUAAAGACGAGUUGAUGAAGAAUGAUUAUCCUGUUGCAGGCACUCCUCAUUCAGAAGGAUUUAUCCAAAGUGGGUGCACAGCUAAAGUAACUGACAAUAGUCCAUUGUUGGGCCUAGACUGUGAAAUGUGCCUGACCACAAAAGGGAAUGAGCUGACUCGUGUCUCUGUUGUCAAUGCAGAUGGAUGUUGUGUUAUGGAUCAGCUGGUGAAGCCAGACAACCCGAUCCUCAACUAUCUCACCAGGUUCUCUGGAAUCACGAAGGAAAUGCUGAUGCCAGUGGAAACAAAGCUGAGGGAUGUUCAAGCUAAGUUAAAGAAGCUCUUACCCAAUGAUGCUGUACUUGUGGGCCAUUCUUUAAACAAUGACUUGAAGGCUUUAAAAAUGAUUCAUUCAAAUAUAAUUGAUACAUCACUGCUUUAUGCCAGAGACUUCGGUCGGAGAUUUAAGUUGAAAGUUUUGGCAAGAAGUGUUCUGGGAAAGGAAAUUCAAUCAGAAGGAGUGAUUGGUCAUGAUGCAUCUGAAGAUGCAAGAGCAGCUCUGGAGUUGGCACAAUAUUUCAUCAAGCAGGGGCCCAUGAAGGUAGCAAAGUUGAACCUGGAGAAUUUCCAAACUAAACAGCCAACAGGAGAUCAUUUCACAACACGACCUGAAGGCAGAAGUCUGACAAACAGGCUGUCAGAUUCCCUGAAAGCAAACUGCAGCAAGGUAGACAGAUUAAUAGGCAGACCACCCCUCCAUUGUGGCAGUUUGGUUAACACUUUGCAUGCGCAUGGUCAGAAAGCAGUUCUAUUAGGCACAAAUAAAGCAAUGAAGGAGCUGAUACAUCAAGAAGCUUGGCACAAAUUUGAAUGUAAAACAGACAAAGAAGUUGUUCAGCAAGCUCAGAAUGAGAUCCCAUUUGCCUCGCUAAGUUUAAGUCACUUUACAUCUUAUUCCGAAUAUAGUGAGUAUAAUCUACAGAUGAAGAUUCACGAGGAACUACUGCAUGAAAAGAUGAGACGGAAGUUGUCAGAAAUGUGUACUGUCUACGCUGGUCCAUUCUGCAAGGAUUUCUGUUUAACAUCUGUCGAAAGAACAUUCCAAAGUUGUGGUUCCAUCAGUUCUAUCAGUAUUAUCACAGAAACACACAAGCCUUAUGUGCGUAUUGAGUAUGCACUUCCUGAAAGUGCACUCAUUGCUGUGCUUACUUUGAAUGGAAGCGUUGUGGGGCAAUUUCCCAUUACGGUUCAAAGACCUACUAAAGAAAGCACACUGGAUUGUGAUCAUGUCCUAAAGAAGCUGGAAAAUGAUAUCACAAACAGAGCGGUUAUUUAUGUAUCAGGAAUUCCACAGACCCUGACAAAGAAUCGCCUCAAUGUGAAGUUCAGCAAAUUUGGACAUAUUGAGGCUAUUAUUUACCCUGGUGAUGAUAUUGGUGCAAAGCCUCAGGAUUGCUUUAUAAAAUAUGGAAGCUUGGAGAGUGCUCUAAAGGCCCAGGCAGCAAUGAAUGGACAAGAAGUGAGAAACCAAAAACUGAAUGUAGUAAGAGCUCUCACUCCCUACCACCUCCAAUCCUGGGCUGCUCAAAAGUCUUACACCACACUGAACCCGAGGACAUCUGACCCUCUGCCAUUCGACGGGCAUUCUUUUGAGAAGAGAAAAAACAAACUUUCUCAGUGUGAGCAAGAAUUGAAAAGCAUGAUGAGUACAAUAGAUCAACGUACAGGGAGACUCUUCAGGGCAUUACCCAACAACACACUCUGCAUGGUCCUGCUGCCAGGGACAAACAGUGCUCAAUGCUCAGCGCCUGGCCUCUGUCUCCUUGAAAUAAAGCAGGAUCCUUAAACCAAUUGUUCAGUCGGGACUGGAGGUGUUUGUCUUCUGAUGCUACAGACUCUAUGACUCUAUAACUGACUUACUGAAUCAAUUAACGAAUGAAUAUGGUUCCUGAACCACACUCCUUUUAUGAAUACUGCUGAACUUGGUCAACAGCAAUAGCUCAGCUAAGAAAGCUGCUCAAUGUUUUAUUAAAUUGUUUUAAAAGGAAUGUUUCAAGUGUGAAAAUGAUGUCAGAUGUGCACUAUCGGUUAAGUUAACGAUAUUGAAUACUUCUGAUUAGAGAGCAACAGCAGUGGACCAGAGCCUGGGUCUUGCCAAUUUUAGGUCAAGUUCAGCAGAAAAUAUUCCUCCAGACUGCCAACUUUGACUAUUUGAGCAAGUCUCAUUGCAAGGCUCUCCUGUCACUGCAGCGAGAUUGCAAACAUGUUCCAACAAGCAUGAAACAACAGUUCUACUGCCAAAAUUUCACUUACUUUUCCCAGCCAUGUUUUUACGUUGGUAUUUUUGUUUUUGAGUUCACAGUCUUGUUUCAAGCUUUUAGGAGCAAGAGAACAGAAAUAUCUAUUCAACCUCUUAAGCCUGUUUCACCAUUCAGUUAGGUUAUGGCUGAUCAGCAAUCUAACAUCAUCAUUUCUAAUCUUGUGCUUCAUAUCUGUUUACAUCUUUUGGUCAACAAAAGUAUGUCAAUCUCCUUAUUAAAACCAUAAACAAGUUUGGCAUCAAUUCGUGGUAGAGUUCCAUGUGUAUGUGUAACAGUGUUUCCUAAGUUUGCUCCUGAAAGAUCUGUGAUCAUGCCGAUUCUCAGCAAGUAGGGAUAAGAUAGAUAGUGAGAAACUAAUCCCUUUAAUAUCUUGAAAAUGUUGCCAAACCACCUGUAAAUCUCCUAAUUCCAGGAAGUACAUGUUUAUUUAAGCUGUCCAUGUAAUUUAAUCUUUAGAAUCUUAAAUAUUAUUCGAAUAAACCUAUGAAGUGCUCUCCUCUAGCUCUCUACGUCGUCCUCCUUGUGGUACUCUAAGCUAUGUUUGUUCAGAAUUUUAUAUAGCUGGAA